GACCUCGGGGAUACGGUUGCAGCAGGCGGAGGAUGAGGCCCGCCGGAGCGCCGAGGAGGCUGUGCAGAAGGAGGAGCAGGCCAAGCGCCGCGAGGAGGAGGCCAGGCAGCGGCUCGCAGACACGCGGCGGCGCCUGGAGCAGGAGGCCCAGCGGCGCCGGGCCGAGGAGGAGGCCCGCCGUCGCUCUGAGGAGGAGGCCGCGCGAAGGACGGCGGAGGACGACGAGGGCCUGCGGCGCGUGGAGCAGGAUCGAGGCGGCGCGGAGGCGCGUGGAGGAGGAGGUGCGCAGGCGCGUCGCGGAGGAGAAGCGGCGCCUCGAGGGGCAGUCCAGGCUCCACGCGGAGGAGGUCCAGAGGACCGCCCACGAGGACACCGAUGCCAAGAGGAUGUUAGAGGCGGACUUCAAGGCCCGCGAGGACACGAGGCUGCAGCAGGAGGAGCGGGAAGCCAAGGCGAGAGCCCAGGAGCUGGACCUGGAGCAGCAGAAGCUGCGCAAGCAAAUCGAGGAAGAGGUCGCCCGGCGCGUGGAGGGCGAACGGCAGCGCCUCGCCGCGGAGGCGAGGAGCGCACAGGAGGCGGCGCAGCGGCGCUUCGAGGGGGAAGCCCUGCAGUGGCGGCUGGAGGACGAAGAGGAACGCGCCCGAAAGCUGGAGGUGGAGAACAAUCGAGCGCUGGAAGAGGACUCCGAGCGCCAGCAGAACGCGGUAGCGGUGCGGCGCGCGGAGGAGGAGGCGAGGCGCAGGAUCGACGAGGAGGUCGCCCAGCGGAGGCGCGCGGAGGAGGAGCGCCAGGCCGCCGAGGAGGCCCGCGCGCAGGCCCUGCGGCAGGCCAGCGAGGAGGCCCGCCGCCGAGAGGCGGAGGCCCGGCAGCGGGAGGAGGCCGCCCGCAGGCUUGAGGAGGAACGCCGCGCGAGGCUUGAGGAACAGCAGUACCGCAGGAUCCCGAGGGCGGAGGAGGAGGCCGUGGAGGCCAAGCGCCUCGCGGAGGAGGAGGCAUCCAAGAAGCGGGAGCUCCGAGGCCCGGAGGCGGGAGGCCGAGGAGGCGCAGCGGAUGCAGGAGAUCAGGCCCGCCGAGCCCACGAGGAAGCGCAGCGGAGGAUGCAGGCGGAGGUGCUGGAGAGGCGGAUGGAGGCGGAGCGGCAGAGGCGGAUCGACGACGCUGGCGAGCUCGGGGCCCCCGCGGGGGGCGGCCAGGAACCCGGCCGAAGCUCUCAGAGGAGGAGGCGCUGCAGCGGCGCGUGGAGGAGGAACCGGAUCCAGGCCCGUGUGGAGGCGGUGUCGCGCAAGCGCGCGCAGGAGGAGGAGGCCCGACGCCUCGAUGAACAUGAGAGGACGCGCCUCGAGGACACCGACACGGAGGAGGAGGCGGAUGGCCCCCCAGAGGUGACCCUGGUCAGCCAGCCGCGCACCGAGGGGAUUGCCGCCGCCGGCGCCGCGGCGCAGAGGGACAAGGAGGAGGAGGCGCUCCGGCGCAUGGAGGAGAAGGUCGGGCGCCGCGUGCGCGACGUGUUGAAAUCACUGCCUGGUCCGGCGGCUGGCGGCGCGGCGCCUUUCUCUUCCAGCUUCGCGCAGGGCUUCGCGCAGUACUGCAGCGGCAAGAGCGCAGGCGCGGGUUCCCCUGGAGCGACCAGCGCGGAGGCGGCGGCCUCUAGGGGCGAAUCGCGAAGCCUAGGCCCCUCGAAGAGGCCCGCCUUGGUCGGCACCGCGCCAUCCGCAGCGCCGCGGGCGCUCUCCUCGGCGGCUCGGGGCGCGAGGUCGCCGGCAGACGCGGCGCUGCCGCAGUCCGCGGCGCGCUCCCCCUCAGGCCCCGGGUGCCGGACGCCAGCGGAGUCGGCCACGGCGGCGGUCGCCGCCGCCGUGCGGGAGAAGGCGUCCCAGGCUCAGGCUGGUGACCCCAUGGACAAGUGGAUGAACAAGAUCCUCUCCGAGCGGGCCUCCUCUCUGGACCGACCCGACGCCUCGUCGCAGCUCGACAGGAGCAGCAGGGAGGUGGAGCGCAUCUCGCCCGGCGUCGGCCUCGAGGCCGCGCCGCGCGGCAGGCCGCUCGCCUCCCGGAGCCCUCCGCCCCCGGAGGGCCGCCGGCUGCAGCCGCGCGCGGGCCCGGCCGCUGCCCCCGGCAGAGCUGGAGGCGCCGCGCUGUCUGCGGCGGCCCUACCAGCGGAAGGGCUGGGCGCGACGGUCAUGCAGCUGCCGAAGCGCACCCUGCCGGGCGGCCCCGCCAGUGCCAGCCGCCCAGCGCGCGAGCCGCCGAGCGCCUCGCGCGGGCUCGCCGAGUCCGCCGCGCCGUCGCCGCUGAGCACAACGCCGCAGCACAGGCCCCAGCAGCGCACCGCCGGUCUCUCCGUCGAGCGGCCUGCUGCGAGGAUGCCAGAGCACACGCGGAUACCGGAGAUGACGCGGCAGGUGAACCCGAACCCGCGGGGGUUCAGCCCGACGAGGUCGGUGCAGGAGUCGUACGAGCGGAUGGUCCGAAUUGCACAGCCCCUGGAGUGGAGGGCCCGCCAGUGGACUUUCUGCCGUGGAGAGUUCUCUGGCGUGGAGAUCUCAUUCGCGGACCCAUUGGGGCCCCGCCAUUGGUUCUGCGGCGUGUCGACGGCGCAGGCGCAGGCGCAGGCGCAGGCGCAGGCGCAGGCGCAGGCGCAGGCGCAGGCGCAGGCGCAGGCCGCCGCCAGCGCGUCGCGGCAGGCUCCCGCCGCGCCGCCCCACGGCCCAGGGGGGUUGGCGCCUCUGCCGCGGACGUCGUCCUUCGGCCACGCGCCGUCGUACCCCGGGGUGCCCGCCACCGUGCAGCGCUCGCAGUCGCCGACGCACCCCGCCGGCCACGCGCAGGCGCAGCCGUCGGGGCCGAUGCAGCAGCGGGCUCCCGCGGUGUCGCAGCUGCCGGGCCACGCGCCGCAGCGGUACGGCGGGCCCGCCGUCGCAGCGCCCCCGCGCAAGCGCAGGCGCAGGCGCAGGCGCAGGCGCAGCCGCCAGCGGGCACGCUGGAGGGCAUGGUCUCGCAGAGGAGAUGCAGCGCGCCAACGAGCUCGCGCAGCGCCUCGCGGCCUGCGGCGGCGGCGGUGCCCGCGGCGCUGGCUCGCUCAGCGGCUUCGGCCUGGGCAACGCCAUGCAGCAGCCCGGCAGCCAGGUGGCCCUGCCGCUGGCGCCCGUCGUCUCCGCCGCACGGCCCCAGGGACCACCCGGCGGCGUCCUGGGCACCACGGAGGCCUGCGGGGCCGCCGCCAUGGGCCUCGGGCUCCAGGCCCGCGGCGGCCUAGCGCCGCCCUGGGCGCAGGAGAACCCGCCCGCUCAGCACAGCUUCCUCUUCUCGCCGCCGGCGGGCCGCAUGCCGCAGGGCUGCGGCGCUGCGCUCGGCAGGACGGGAUCGGCGACUUCCGUGCUGCUCACACCGGAGUGCCUGGCACCCCAGCCGACAGCUUCGCCGACCACAGCCAGUUCUUCGACGCCAGCGUAGGCGACCCGUUGGGCCUCGGCCUCCAGACGCUGCACAACCUGCCGCCGCCGCCGCGCAGUGCCCCGGCCGCCGAGGCGCUGCCGCCCGGCAGCAGCGCGUCGCGCGGCGCUUCGGCUGGCGGGGCGCUGCUGUGCGACGUGCAGCCGUCAAGAGAGACCGCGCCGCGGCCAGCGGGGCCGCGGGCCCGCAGUACUCGCUCACGGUGCUCACCAGCGACAGCAGAUGGGAGCUCCUGA